GUACUAACUAGUUUGAUUGAGUAAGUACGCUUAACAUAUGGAAAUGGAGAGCGACAGUAGUAGUAAGAAGCAUUUCGUGUUGGUUCAUGCAGCCUGCCACGGCGCAUGGGUUUGGUACAAGCUGAAACCGCUGCUUGAAGCCGCCGGCGGGCACAAGGUGAGCGCAAUCGAUCUGGCGGCCAGCGGUGCCGACCCGCGUCCGUUCGAAGAAGUCGGGUCGGUGGAAGAGUACUCGGAGCCCUUGCUGAAGCUGCUGGAAUCUCUUCCCGAAGGAGAGAAGGUGAUUCUGGUCGGGGAGAGCUACGGCGGGAUUAAUGUCACCAUCGCCGCCGACAAGUUCCCCCAAAAAAUUGCGGCCGCCGUCUAUGUCAAUGCACUCAUGCCCGACACCCAACACAAGCCUUCUUAUGUCGUGGAUACGUUUGUGGAGAACUUCUUUUCUGACUGGAAAGACUCUGAGUUCUCUUCAUACAAAAGCGGGAAUGAGACGGUAGCAUCAGUCAAGCUUGGGCACGAGCUUCUGAAGCAGAACAUCUACCAGAACUCCCCUCUUGAGGAUUAUGAACUGGCGAGGAUGUUGACAAGGAAAGGGUCAUUGUUCCAAGAUGAUUUAGCCAAAAAGAACAACUUCACAGAGGAAGGAUAUGGUUCGGUGAAGAGAGUCUACAUUUAUGGUGACGAAGACUUGAUCCUCACAAAGGAGUUCCAGCUGUGGCAGAUCGAAAACUUUAAGCCAGACAAGGUCUAUGCCAUCACUGGAGGAGACCAUAAGCUCAUGUUCUGCAAAACAAAAGAGUUGAUCGAUUGUCUCCUCCAAAUUGCAGCAUCUUAUUAAUAAGUCGAACGGCUCUUCGAGUAUCCCUAUGAAUAAAUCUGUGUGUAAUAUGUAUGUGUGUUCAAACUGGUAGCUAUGUAGGCUGCUAGUGAAAUAAAGGUAGUGGAAGAAGAAGAAGGUAGAGAUAGCUUGCUUCUCAAUUUUCUUUCCUUUCCUUUCCCCCUUCCUUUCUAGCCGUGUCUUUGAAUUUCAAGACUUUCCUAUUUAUUCAAGUUAAUGCAUUUGUUCAACCUUAUUACAAAUAAAAAAAAUUGGGGCCGACUAUAUAGUGGAUGUUGAAUGC